GACUGGAGUCGACCGCUCGCAAGUUUUCUCUUGUACUCUUCGUUCGGUGUGUCUUUUGGCAUUUUCAUCAUCUCUUGUGCCCGCUUUUUUCCUCGGGAUUUUGUUGAUGCCCCCAGAGACACAACAACUCAAUCUUCCUCGUGUUGUUGCAGUGUCAAGACUUACUUUAGCAACACAUCACUUACCCCCUAAACCUAUAGGGCUUUAUAUUACCCAAGCCUUAACCAAACCGACCUAUCCGAUCUUCUAUUUUGCGCGUUCUAGCCUUACGAGUUCCGGAUAUUAUUUGACUAUGAGGCACUGAAAAGCCCACCCACAUGAUGGGAAUAUAUCAAAUUUUUUUGUCAAGUGUUUCAACCGACAAUUGUUGAAUUGUGUCGAGACUGCGACAAGAACAAGUUUAGGACAUAAUUUACCUUCAGAACCAUGCUAAAGUGAAGUGUUAAUUGAUAACUUGUACGCCUUGAGCACUUGACGGAUUAGUUUUGUGGCUUUUAGACAUAUUUUAAGAUAUAACUCUUCAAUUAGUGGUUGUAACGGGUACUUGUAAGGUUUUGAUCCAAGAAACCACAAUCAACCUGAGGGCAAAUCAACUAACAACGGAAUUGCCGUCGCUUGGAGACUGAGGCUAAAGAGAGGCCAGACUUGAGGAUUUCGUGGGGUAGAUUAUGCUAAAUGUGCAGUUGAAGCGAAUUGUCCUGGGAGAUGCAAUAUUGUGCAAAAGGAGAUAGAAUGUCACCACGAAAUACAUAUGAACCCCUAACGGAUCAUCUCAAGACACCACGUGUGGCAUUCCCGGACAAAUGUCCAGAUCUCGAUAGCGCUAGUAAUAAAGUGAAUAUCUAUCGUGGUAUUGGCAUGGAUGUGAAGAAGGUGGACGAUAUGGAGAGUGAUAGGUCAAGCUGUAGUGGAGACAGUGAAUUGUCCGUGGGCAAAGAAAUGGCCUCAGAAGAGGAGAACCUACCAACUCGAACUGCUUUCACCACCUACCGCCACACACCACCCAAGGAGUCCUCCAGGGACAGCUUAAGGGGUCACCUGGAGGCACCAACGGACAGAAUCCUGAAGAGUUUCGAGGGGAUCCUAGAGAAGAAUAGCGAUCUGUCCCGCUUCCACAAUUCCUCACCCGAACUCAAUAACAGUCACUCAAUCAAGCGACUAUUCCGCAUUUGUGAUAACACUAGCAAUAGCAAUAGCUUAGCAGGCCAGAAACAUGAACCAGUCCAAGCAAUGGAUGAAGAUGCUGUAUCAGACAAGGGUGGACGGUCAGAAUCGGCCUUUAGUCCGCACAUCGGCGGCAAAUGGAAACCUCCGCCGCCAGUGGAUGAUGAUGCGGCCAGCACAAAAUCCCACUCACCCGGCUUCCGGCAUACGGCGCACAGUGUUAAAUCAAUAUCGCCGGGCAACACACUGUCACGGGACAAUUCACUGUCGCCCCCGCUCAAGUCCUAUGGCACCAUUAACAACCUCGACAACGAGACCACCCUCAAAUUCAGCAUCGACAACAUCCUCAAGGCGGACUUUGGGUGUCGGAUCAGCGAGUCACUGGCCAGUGCCCGGUCUGCUGUGUCUCGAAAACUCGGCCAGGGCAUCGGUUUUGCCGGCGCCAAGGAGUCCACUGCCAUAGACUUGACUGCCACGGCGGAGAGGAAGUUCUCCGGUGGCGGCACAACACCCCAGCCCGCCAAGCUAUCCACAUCCACGGGCUCCUCCAGUUCGGACGGACCCAUGGUGUGGCCCGCCUGGGUGUACUGCACCAGAUACAGUGAUAGACCCAGUUCAGGACGAAGUCCUCGGACGCGUCGUCAGAAGAAGCCAGCAGCUGAGAAAGGAAGUCCUGUGGCCGAGGAGAAGCGACCCCGAACUGCAUUUAGUGGCUCUCAAUUGGCUAGGCUGAAGCAUGAAUUCAGCGAAAAUCGCUACCUCACGGAAAAACGGCGGCAACAGCUGAGUGCAGAAUUGGGUCUGAAUGAGGCGCAAAUAAAGAUCUGGUUCCAGAACAAAAGGGCCAAGAUCAAGAAAGCGUCUGGUCAGAAGAAUCCUCUAGCACUGCAGCUGAUGGCCCAAGGACUCUACAAUCACUCCACAGUGGCGCUCACGCGUGAAGAGGAGGAGCUGCAGGAGAUGCACGCACAAGCAAAAGUCUGAGGCACUCCCGGCUAAUGUCCAGGACACCUGGAGAAAAACCAGAGAGUGUCAAUUGAAUUGAAAUAAAAUCGGAAGAUAGCAAUUGAUGAGAAAUAAAUAAAUUUUACUAUUUUACCAUAAAAGCUAUAGAGUGAAAUUCUUAAAUUAAAAAAAAAACAAACAAAAAAUAAGAAAAAAGAAAGAUUAUAUUGAACAGUGCCAUUGCUAAACUAUAUCGGUUUAAAAGAGUAAAUUUCAAAGUAAAACAAAAACGACGAUUAAUGUAGCGAAUGUGAGAUUUUAGAUUUAUUGAAGCAAGAAUGAAAAUGAUAGCAAUUUGUGAAUAAGUGUUAAAUAUUCCUUCUGUAAAUAAUUACAUUUUAUAUUAAAGAAAAAAAAGAAAAGCAUAUUAGAAAUUGUACUUAAAUGACUCCUUUGCAGUAGAAAUUUUAUUUUAUUUCUUCCCGCAAGAUGCUAAAUGUUGAUAUUUAAAAAUUAUUUUACAAAAUAGAAAAAAUUUCCCUUCAUUUCUUCAAAAUUAUCAUUUAAUUUUUUUUUUCUUUUAAAUUAAAACAACAAAAUUUAAACGUGAAAUUCUGUAAAUCGUCGAAAUUCAGAGUAAAUUAUCUCUUAAAAAUAAUGUGUAUAAAAAAAAUUAAAAGAAAACAAAAUUAUAAAGAAAAAAAUUCCAAUAGUGAGAGAGAAAACCAGGAGAAAAAAGAGAAAAAAUACAUUUAAUUUUAUUAAUGAAUUCCAAGAA